UGGAGGCUGUAAAGGCUCUCCGGCAGCCACAGCAGGAGGAGGAGGAGGAUGAUGAAGCUGUGGAGCUGAUCUCAGUUCAGUUCGUCUGAGCUGCAAACUUUCGGAUGCUUUUCUCGCUCUGGAGCUUCUUAUUCUUCUUCAUGCACAUCUGAGCAGACUUCCUGUCCCGCCUCCACCAUGAGCGACAUCUACGAGUCCGCGGCGAACUCUCUGGGUUUGUUCAGCAGCCCCUGCCUCACCAAAGUGGAGCUCCGACUCACCUGUAAGGGGAUCUCAGACCGAGACGCUCUGUCCAAACCCGACCCCUGCUUCAUCCUUAAGAUGCAGUCUCACGGCCAGUGGAUGGAGGUGGACCGGACCGAGGUGAUCCGGAGCUGUGUGAAUCCCACCUACUCCAAGGUCUUCACCCUGGACUUCUACUUCGAGGAGGUGCAGCGCCUGCGCUUCGAGCUGUACGACAUCAACAGCAGCCACAAUGGCCUGAAGGAGGCCACCUUCCUGGGAUCGGUGGAGUGCACACUGGGUCAGAUCAUCUCCCAGAGGAAACUGUCCAAAGCUCUGCUCAGACCAGGAGGCACCGUGGGAAAGGCCAUCAUCACGAUCACAGCAGAGGAGCUGACAGGGAAUGACGACUACAUCGAGCUCUCCUUCAGCGCCCGGAAACUGGACGAUAAGGACUUCUUCAGUAAAUCAGAUCCGUUCCUGGAGAUCUACAGGCUGAAUGACGAUGCCACGCUGCAACUCGUCUACAGAACUGAGACUGUUAUGAAUAAUCUCAACCCUGUGUGGAAAACCUUCAAAGUUUCUCUCAACUCGCUCUGCAGUGGAGACCACGAACGCAAGCUGCAGUGCACCGUCUGGGACUGGGAUUCCAACGGCAAACACGACUACAUCGGUGAGUUUGAGGCCACGUUCAAGGAGAUGAGAGGAGCCAUCGAUGGACGGCAGGUGCAGUGGCCGUGUAUAAACCCCAAAUACAAAGUAAAGAAGAAGAACUACAAGAAUUCUGGGAUUGUUAUUCUGAACCAGUGCAAGAUCAUCAAGAUGCACUCGUUCCUGGAUUACAUCAUGGGAGGCUGUCAGAUCCAGUUUACUGUAGCCAUCGACUUCACGGCGUCCAACGGAGAUCCUCGUAACAGCUGCUCUCUGCACUACAUCCACCCCUACCAGCCCAACGAGUACCUGAAGGCGCUGGUGGCGGUGGGAGAGAUCUGCCAGGACUACGACAGUGACAAAAUGUUCCCAGCGUUCGGCUUCGGUGCUCGGAUCCCUCCUGACUUCAAGGUCUCCCACGACUUUGCGGUGAAUUUUAACGAAGAGAACCCCGAGUGUGCAGGUAUCCAGGGUGUGGUCGAGGCCUACCAGGCCUGCCUACCCAAGCUGCAGCUCUAUGGCCCCACCAAUAUCGCCCCCAUCAUCCAGAAGGUCGCCAACUCGGCCUCGCAGGAGGUCCACACCAAAGAGGCCAUGCAAUACUUCAUCCUGCUGAUCCUGACGGACGGUGUCAUCACUGACAUGGCCGACACAAGGGAGGCCAUUGUCCAGGCCUCUCACCUCCCCAUGUCGGUCAUCAUCGUCGGGGUUGGGAACGCUGACUUCAGCGACAUGCAGAUGCUGGAUGGUGACGAUGGGAUUCUGCGGUCGCCUAAAGGAGAGCCCGUCCUUCGGGAUAUCGUCCAGUUCGUCCCUUUCCGCAACUUCAAACAUGCCUCUCCGGCUGCUCUGGCUAAGAGUGUCCUAGCAGAAGUGCCCAACCAGGUGGUUGACUACUACAACAGCAAGGGCAUCAAGCCCAAAGUGCCCAGCGAGUACCAGUCUUCCAGGCCGUUUGGCCCCUGAGCAGCACCACCUCUCCUGGACUGACAAACAUGUUUACUGUCUUUUGUUCUUUGUGAAAGCGGAUGUUAAAGGUACUGCAUGUGGUAUUUUAUCAUUAACGGUGAGUCACAUUAGACCUUAAUGCCUAAAGGGAGCAAACCAGGACUACCAGAAACCUGUCAGGAACCACAGUGGAGGUCUUCACAGAACCACACAGUUCUAGGGCACCAAGAACCAGCAGGGUCAGCAUUCUACUUGGUCUAAACAGAUGUCAUUUUCACGACAUAUCUCUAAGACAAAUAGAGAUAUUAACUUUAAGUUUAAAAUUAAAGUGCUCACAGAUCAACUGUUUGUUCCUCUGUUCUGACAAACAUCAACCGGAGCUUUUCUGCAUACUGGCUUUUGCUUUUAAUGCAGAAGACUAGACUUUACAUUUUCUAUAUAAAUUUGUCUCUUAGGCAAAUAAACAACUGCUUGUUGAUUGCUCAAAUGAACUGAUGGCACAUCACACUGUUGCUGGUGUUCAGGCUGACUGCAUAUUGGAUCCAGUCUAAUUAACCUCGGGCCUGUUUGGGUCCGCACCAGUCGACCCUCUUCGAUCAGGUCUAUGGAAAUGAAUAUAUGCAUGUCAGAUUCAGGUAGGCUUUUGUUUUGGGACCAAAAUUUUGGAGCUGUGAAGACCUCGAAUCUAGACUCCUCUUUACACGGAGAGAGAUUUCACUAGUCAGAUGAAUAAAAGCUGACAUAAUUGUAAGAAACAUGUUUCAUCUCCUGCCAUUAUCUUUAAAAAAGUGAGCAUGUGAAGCUGCAGAAACUCUAGUUUGGAGGCCCUUGCAGCAGAAAAUAGUUUUAACCAAGCAGGUAAAGAGUAGAAAGACUUGAUUUUGUGGUUGUUGUCUUGCAGCUGCAUUCAAGACAUGUGGGACUUAGUAUACAUUGUAGCUUGUAAUUAUUGUUCACAUCAACAUCCAAGUUCUAAUUCUGGCUAUUGGUAACCUUAAACAGCAUGUUUUAUCUGGGGUGUUUGCUAUGAAGCAUGAGCUUUGUGGUAGUGUUUAAAAUAUGGCAAUACAAUUUCAAAUGGUCCGAUUUUUAGAACUAUUUCUGCUCAAGCAUAUGAUCCUGGAUAUUUAUAAAGAUAUUUGUUAAAUUAUAGCUUGAUAUAUCAAAUACUUGAUGAGAUAACCCAUUUUUUAAAUUGCCCGUUGACAUACUUUUAGCAAAUUUUUUUUUCGCACAUUGAAAUGUAAAUCUGUUUAAACAACAAUAGCUCAGGAACUACUGAAGAUAAAAGCUUGAAAUUUUCACAGUUAUUUCUCAUGUCAGAAAUAUUGGAAGAGUACGAUCAAAUAGACUUUGAUUAUGGAUGACUUGAAUUUUGAAAAAAACACCAUCUUUGAGCUCCACGUAAACCACAUAAAUUGACUUGUCAUGAUGAGGAAUAACAGUGAAAGUUUCCUGCAGUUCCUGCCAAAACAUAAGAUUUCUUCUGCUGUUCCCUGUUGCUGCCCAAAAUGAUAUGAACUUGUUGGCAGUUGCAUGUUUUUAAAAGUGCUGCUAUAAAGUGCUAAAGCCUCAACAAAUCAUCAGUAUUCAGCUUAGCAAACCACCCCGAACUCUCCUGCACUCUCAGACAGUACUGCAAGGACUUUAUGUGGGAUAAACACAAUCUUAUGAAGCUUACUUAAAACUCUGGAUCCUCUGGUGGAAAUACAGCCUGAAAGUAUUGUUUCAUCUCAUCUUUAGUUUCAUGCUGUAAAAUGCCAACUGUAGCACCUUUUGCAUCCGCUGUGCAUGCAGGGCCGACAAAGUCUGAGCAGAUUGUAGCGUUCAGGAGUGUUUUUACGUGAAAAGCACACAAACACAACACUGACCAAUCCAAACGCUGCUUCCCUGCAGACAGCAUGACGGGCGGGGAAACAGUCGAUGAAGGAAUGUAUGAACCCCUCUCCUCCUCUCCCGCAGUUUGUUUUUAUAAGAGUUUAUCGAGAUUUUGCUAAAUUUCGUAUGUUUGUUGUAAAGCAUUUUGGAUCUCUGCCAGGUGAACAAGCUAAGCUGCCUUCACAGACGUCUGCAUCCUUUACUGUUUUUUUUCUAAAAGCGAGGCAGAUGCAUGAACUGUUGUUUUGCAUGCAAAUCUCCAUGCAGGACUUGGCGGUCCUUGUAGUUUCUGUCUCCUGGUAGUGAAUAAUAUGAGUAAUAAUGACGUUUACAAUGUGCCCUGCGACGGGGCUGUUCUACUCGGAAGCAUGUUCACGUGUAAACGAAAAUGUGUGAGUAGAUUUAAAAGCACAAAAUGAGUAUAUUUGGAGAGAUUUCUAGAUUACGGUGAUAGAUUUUGGUCGCUUUGUGCCACAACACCUGUCCAUCUGUCUAUAUGGCUUUGCACAACUUUCUUUUAGAAAUAUUGAUUUCAUUCUGGAUCUGACUAAACCUUUUUUAGGUAUAGUCGCAUUACUUUUUUGGCAUCACUUGUUUCUUUAUGCACAGUCAUUUCUAAGCACAAGCAAGUCAUUUUUCAAGUGAGGAUAGUAGUGGCAGCAGAUUCAACAAGGUAGUCCAGAUUUCCUUUUCCCUUGCCUCAUCCUCUACCUCUUCUCUAGCAACCUUGAAGUGUUCUCAAGCAAAUUCUGGAUCAGAGAGUCUUCCCCUUGGCAGGAGUUGCUCUGAAAAAGCCUCGAAAUGGAGGUGUCUUGGGGGCAUUUCAGUCAGUUGUCCAAUCCACCAUAAUUGACUUCUACAAGGGACCAGCAGCAGUGCUCCUCCUAAACAUCUCCUUCUCUUCAGUGUAAAACUCUACAGAUUGCUUGAGUCUUGAAUCAGGACCAAACUUCAUCCACUUAAAUGAGUUCUGGAUCUGGCAGCACCCCAUUAAAUGAGGUAGUCCAGAGUCCUCCAUACAUCUUUCAGCACUUCCAAGAAUUGGACAUACCCAGAGAACUUCAACAGAGAGGCAUCCAAAAGGAAUUUCAGUCAGAUGCCUGAAUCACUUUUUGCCUUCUGGACGUCAUUCUGGUUGGUAUCAACUUCUUGAACUUCCACAAAUUGCUCGACCUUUAAAACCGAGUCAGAUGUUAUCUACGCAACUGGAUUCUGGUCCUUGUGACAACAAGCAAAACAAGGUGAUAAAGUAAUCCACAGUUAAAUUUUCCAGCUCUCCUAGGAGGCAUUCCUAGGUCAGAGGAAAUUCCUCAAGAAAAUUCUGGGUUUGCCUUGGGGUUCAAUUCCAUUUGGACGUACUUAGUAGCCUCCAAGUGGAUGAGUCCAAGAUGAAUUUCAGAUGCUUCAACUACCUCAACUGGCUCCAAGGAGGGAACAGCACUGGAGAGCCUUCUACACAAUGAUGUAAUGACGCAAAAUACUUAAACUUUGACGGACUGCUUGAGGCUUAAGUCAUGACCAACCUCCAUGCGUUUAAAUGGUCCUUGUGACAGCAAGCUCAACAGGUUUGUCCAGACCUCCAUAGUUACAUUCUCCAGCUCUCCCAGGAGGCAUUUCUAGGUCAGAAGGGAUUCUUCAAGAAAAUUCUGGGUUUGCCUUGGGGUCCAGUCCCAGUUGAACAUACCCAGGAACCCUCCAAAUAGAUGCUUCAAAGAGGCAUUUCAGAGGCGCAAACACCCUCAAAUAGCUCCGGUGAGAAGACAGCACUGAAGAUUCUUCUGCACAUCUGUUUCUUGUAGAUGUAAACUUUCUAAACUUCUACAUGUAGCUUCAGUCUUGAGUUAGGACAAAUAAUCUACUUAAGUUGAUUGUAGUCCCAAUGACAUCUGGUUAAACAAGGUACUCCAGAGACCUCAAAAGGUAAAUCCUUCUGCUCUCUCAGGAGGCAAUUCUGGCUUUUGACCAAGGGUCUAAUCCUAGUUGGGUGCACCCAGAAAACCUCUACAGGGGGUGUCCAAAAAGAAUUUUUUAUCAGAUGUCUGUACCACUGUUCUCCUAUGAGAUCCUUCUAUGUGCCUUUUUCUUGACACUGUACAUGUCCUAAACUUCUACAGAUAUACAGGUAGCUCUAUUCAUUUUACUGGGUCUUGGUUCUGGUGGCACCAAGGUAGUCCUGUGUCCUCCACAAGCUUGGUGCGCAAGUAGUAACAUCCAUCAUUGGUUGCUAAUACAUCGUUGUUUGGCACUGGCAUGGAUGUUACUACUUAAACUCUACACAAGUAAAAUUACAUUAACAACUAGGUAAACACUUCUUUGGUGUCCAUGUUAGCAAACACCUCACAGCUUUUCAGUUCUGAGCUUUUAGAAAAUUUCCCCUCUCCACCUACACAUAGCCUCAAUACUUGCACAGGGAGACUUACACAAGACAUCCUCAUUCUGUCCAUUUCUUCUCAGUAUUUGAACUGCACAAUCUGUCCAGUUUUCCACGACUUGUCUGGAUCCAGAUGUCAGUGACCAGGCUAAACCAGAUCAUCCAGACACCCUUCUCAUGAGCCAUACCAUCUCGCUCCUCCUGGAGGAUCCUAUGUCUAAAAAAAUCUUCACAGGAAGGCACCCUGAUGCCUGAACCACCUUAACUCUCUUGCUUUAACAUUAAGGAGUAGCUGCUAGUCCGAGCAUGGUUUGGACGUUUGAACUCUUCACCCUGACACUCUGCAAAGGAAACUCCUUUCAGCUCAUUUUUAAGUAGGUGAAGUAGUGAGGUAGAUGAGCAGAAAAAACAGAGCUUUGCCUUCAGGCUGACCUCAGUCUUCACUGUGAAGCGUUGGUGCAAUGUUUACAUUCCGGCUGAUGCUGCACUGCCCCACCAGUCGACUUUUUGUUCCAUCUAUCCAUCCAUCCAUCAGUUUUUCUUUUAACCACAUCGGUGCAGUGGCAGACGACCUUGCAGAGCCAGGCCCUUUGGUGGAUGACAUCCCUCACAUUUUGACUCUUUCAUUGUGAGACAGUAGAUAUUACCUGACAGCUACAGUAUGGUUAUGUGAAAUAUGAACUACAAUUUCUAGCGUUGGCCCUGAAUUGUCCCAUAUGGACACAUACUGGAAUACUGGGUGGUGAAAGUGAUCAGUCAGGGUUUAGCAUCAGCAUUUGAACUUGACACACAGACUCUUCAAAAGUCUGAUUCCAGCAUAAAUUUUCACUUUCACAUGAUGUAAAUAUGCACUUAGAGUUAAUUUCAUUACUUUGUAGUCUAAACAAAGUUUGAAUGUUUCCUCAUUAAUCAUGUGAUCCUUGUUUAUACAUUACACACGGGGACAAAAUUGUUGGUACCCCUCAGUUAAAGAAGGAAAAACCCACAAUUCUCACUGAAAUCACUUGAAACUCACAAAAGUAACAAGAAAUAAAAAUUUAUUGAAAAUUAAAUAAUCAAAAUCAGCCAUCACUUUUGAAUUGUUGAUUAACAUAAUUAUUUAAAAAAAACAAACUAAUGAAAUAGGGCUGGACAAAAAUGAUGGUACCCAUAACUUAAUAUUUUGUUGCACAACCUUUUGAGGCAAUCACUGCAAUUAAACCAUUUCUGUAUUUGUCAAUGAGCGUUCUGCAGCUGUCAACAGGUAUUUUGGCCCACUCCUCAUGAGCAAACAGCUCCAGUUGUCUCAGGUUUGAUGGGUGUCUUCUCCAAAUGGCAUGUUUCAGCUCCUUCCACAUAUGUUCAAUGGGAUUCAGAUCUGGGCUCAUAGAAGGCCACUUUAGAAUAGUCCAACGCUUUUCUCUCAGCCAUUCUUGGGUGUUUUUGGCUGUGUGUUUUGGAUCGUUGUCCUGUUGGAAGACCCAUGACCUGCGACUGAGACCAAGCUUUCUGACACUAGGCAGCACAUUUCUCUCCAGAAUGCCUUGAUAGUCUUCAGAUUUCAUCGUACCUUGCACACUUUCAAGACACCCUGUGCCAGAUGCAGCAAAGCAGCCCCAAAACAUUACUGAGCCUCCUCCAUGUUUCACCGUAGGGACAGUGUUCUUUUCUUCGUAUGCUUGGUUUUUGAGUCUAUGAACAUAGAGUUGAUGUGCCUUACCAAAAAGCUCCAGUUUGGUCUCAUCUGUCUAAAGGACAUUCUCCCAGAAGCUUUGUUGACAAGCCUGUCAACAUGCAUUUUUGCAAAUUCCAGUCUCGCUUUUUAUGAGUUUUUUUCAGCAGUGGUGUCCUCCUUGGUCGUCUCCCAUGAAGUCCACUUUGGCUCAAACAACGACGAAUGGUGCGAUCUGACACUGAUGUACCUUGGCCUUGGAGUUCACCUUUAAUUUCUUUGGAGGUUGCUCUGGGCUCUUUGGAUACAAUUCCAACGAUCCGUCUCUUCAAUUUGUCAUCAAUUUUCCUCUUGCGGCCACGUCCAGGGAGGUUGGCUACUGUCCCGUGGGUCUUGAACUUCUGAAUAAUAUGAGCCACUGUUGUCACAGGAACUUCAA